GCUCAGCGCUGGCGCAAUGAGAACUUCGAGCGGCCCGUGGACCUGGAGGGCUCCGGGGACGACGAUCCCUUUGGGGAGGAUGAGCUGGACGACAUCUACUCUGGUUCUGGCUCGGGGUAUUUCGAGCCAGAGCCGGGGCUGGACACGGCCGUGAGCCUGACCACGGACACGCUGGUGACACGAGAAAAGCACGGCCUUGCCACCCACGGCCACCACGCUGCCGCCCACUGAGGCCCCCCAGAUGGAGCCAGGGGAGGUGACAACAGCCCCCGACAAGGAGCCAGAGGUGCCGGCCAGCAGCGGCCCCAGUGGGGACUUCGAGAUCCGGGAGGAGGAGGAGACGACUCGUCCCGACCUCGGGAAUGAGGUGGUGGCUGUGGUGACACCGCCAGCAGGGCCGGGGCCCGGCAGGAACGUGGAGACGGGGCUGUUGGACAACACGAUAGACUCGGGCAACUCGGCCGCUCAACUGCCCCAGAAAAACAUCCUGGAGAGGAAAGAGGUGUUGAUAGCGGUGAUUGUGGGCGGCGUGGUGGGCGCCCUUUUCGCCGCCUUCCUGGUGAUGCUGCUCAUCUACCGCAUGAAGAAGAAGGACGAGGGCAGCUACACCCUGGAGGAGCCCAAGCAGGCCAACGUCACCUACCAGAAGCCCGACAAGCAGGAGGAGUUCUACGCGUAGACGGAGAGCCCGGAGUGCCUCACGCUUCCUCCCUCCCUCCCUCCCCGCUCCAAACCCUCCUCCUCCUCUCCUCCAUCCAGUCUCUCUCUCCCCUCCCUCCUCUCUCUCUUUUUUUGGGAUCAGACUGUGAAUUUUUAAAAGCAAAACCCGCAGCGGCUGAAGGAGGAAACGCGUCCUUGGCAUGGGGGGCACGGGGUGCCCGGAGCAGAACUGGGGUCACACUGAACACUGCCAAGGUGACACCGAGCAUUGCUGUGGUCACAUGGAGUGUGCCCAGGUCAUGUCAAGCAGUGCCCAUGUCACAUCAAGCAGUGCUGCCAUCACACCAAGCACCCCAAGAUGACACUGAGCACUGCUGAGGUGACACUGAGCAGUGCUGUGGUCACACAGAGUGUGUCCAGGUGUUGCCCUAUCUGUUACAGUCCAGGUCACGUCAAGCAGUGCCAAGGUGACACUAAGCAGUGCCGUGGACACACCGAGCAGCGCUGAGGUGACACUGAGCACCCCAAGGUGACACCAAGCACCGCUGAGGUGACACUGAGCAGCGCUGGGGCCACACGGAGUGUGCCCAAGUCACAUCAAGCAGUGCCCAUGUCACAUCAAGCAGCGCUGUCGUCACACCAAGCAGAGCCAAGGUGACACUGAGCAGUACCACGGUCACACCAAGCAGUGCUGAGGUGUCACUGAGCAGUGCCAUGGUCACACUGAGUGUGCCCAGUCACAUCAAGCAGUCAAUGCUGCCAUCACACCAAGCAGCACCCAGGUGACACCAAGCACAACCAUGGUCAUACUGAGCACGCCAUGGUCACAGUGAGCAGCACCACAGUGACACCAAGCAGUGCCCGGGUCACGCUGAGUGGCGCCAAGGUGACACCGAGCACACCCGGGUCCCUCUGAACAGUGCCGUGGUCACACUGAGCACCCUGAGGUGACACCAAGCAGCACCAUGGUGACACUGAGCAGCACUGAGGUCACCCAGAACAGCGCCACGAUCACGCCGAGUACGCCCAGGUCACACCAAGCAGCGCUGCAGUCACAGUGAGCACCCCAAGGUGACACCGAGUGCACGUGGGUCACACCGAGCGCGCCACAGUCACACCGAGCACCCUGAGGUGACACUGAGCACCGCUGGCCUUUCUGCUGGCGGGAGGGACGGGACAUGGAGCCGAUGCCAAGGAGCCGAUGCCAAGGAGCCGAUGCCAGGGCAGCCGUGCCCGGGAGUGCCCUGGAGAGCACGGGAUGGGCUGCCCACGGUGCCUGGAGCUCAACUGGACUUUUCCCAACACCACCACCACAAACUCUGGGAUUCAGACCCCUCCUGCCAGCCCUGGGGCGCAGGGGGUUUGCUUUGGAUUUAUUGCCCUUAUUUUUCCGUCCAUAAAAGAAGGAGAUUCCCUUCCUUCUGUCUCGUCUUUAUUUUUUGGUUUUCCUUUGGAAUGGGGUUGGUCGCUCUGCAGGAAUCUCCUUCUGCUGGAAGAGAGAACGUGACUCUCCAACGCUCCUGGAGCCUUGGGAAAAGCACAAGGAGCUGGAAUACCUGGGAUUUGCUCCUGGAGUGGGGAAAAAAGGAAAUAAAUACAAACACUGGGAAUUAUCCCUUGGAUCAACAUUCUGGAGAGCUUGUGGA